AUGUACUUGGGUAGACCAUCUUCAGGUGAUUCUCCUUUUGCAACAGCCGACAAAGCAUUACACGAUCACUCAAAUCCUCAACCUCCCUCACAAAGAAAUCCAACUCCUCGUAGAUCCCCAAACCCGCAGAUGCCCCCAUCAGGUCCUCUCAUGGCGACCCCUUCGCCUUAUGGCAGCGUGUCGGAUGAAGCCAGAAGAAGGUAUGAAGAGAGAUACGCAAAGAAACGCGAGGAGACAGCUAGGAAAGAAGAAGAGGAGGAGAGAAAGAAGCUUCAAGGUCAACAACCACAACAACCUCCACCCCAACAACAACAAGGACCUCCCAGACCUCCUCAACAAGGUUAUCCACCUUAUGGUGGACCACCUCCACCUGGUCGUCCUUCUUCCAUCAAUCAAUCUCCACAACUAGGACAAUUACCUCCCGGUCAAAAUCCUCCUCGAUCUCAAUUCUCACCACAACAAACUCAUUUUUCUCCCAAUCCAGUAAACGGUAAUCCUUACCCUCCUGGGCAAUAUCCCACUCAACGUCCACCCGGUCCCCCCGCACAGCAAGGACCUCCGGGAGGAUAUCAACAAGGUUAUACAAGUCCCCAACAACGUUAUUCAGGUCCUCCGGGCGGUUAUAAUCCUAAUCAAGGACAACCUGGACCAGCCCCUCCUAGAAGCGCAGGUGUUCCUCCUCCUCAAUGGAGUCAACAAGCGGUCCCACCUCCCAAUCAACAAUGGGCUCAACAACAACAACAGCCGCAACAAGUCGUUUCGCCCCCUCCUGCAGAUCAGCCGCCGAAACAGGAACUCGAGAUUUUGUUUGAACAAUUUGAUGGUUCUCGAACGGGCCAAUUGAACGCGUAUGAUCUGCAGAAACUUUUGGCAAAGGAUGCAACGAUGGAAGCGAGGGAAGAUUGUGUAAAGAUGCUCAUGAAUAUCUUUGAUACGGAUAGGAGUGGGAGUAUCAAUUUUCAGGAGUUUGAGGGGUUGUAUAGGUAUAUCAAGGAUUGGCACGCGAUUUUCCUUCGAUUCGACCGUGAUAACUCCGGUCUCAUAGACCGCAAAGAGCUUCACUCGGCAUUGCUAGGAUUCGGCUUUUCUCUCCCAUCGGAGAUGGUUCGAAAGUUGGAAAAACGUUAUGCCCCUCCUCCCAAUCCGGGUCAACCACCGAUGAAGGGGAUCAGUUUCGAUAGGUUUUUGAUGGCUUGCGUGACUGUGAAACAUUACACAGAGGCGUUUAGGCGAAUGGAUGUUAGAGGUGAAGGAAGAGUAACGUUUGACUAUAAUGAAUUUAUGGAAAUCGUCCUGGACGCUCCGAGCUAG